AUGUCGAAAAGGGUUGACUGGUUAAAAAGCCAAACUGGAGUUUGCAAAGUUGAUGUCUAUUCACCUGCUAACAGUCAAGCUACCAAUCAAAAAAAUGAAGCCUCAACUGAUCCUAUCAGAGUGCUCAGCUGGCUCCGCAAAGACCUGGAAAAAUGUACAGCAGGGUUGCAAGAGGCUCGGUUCAAGCCUGAAGAGUCAACAGUAGGUGGGGAAAUGGCCCGAUCACCAGAGCCACACGUGGGUUUCAUGGUGGAUUAUUGCAAUACCACCAAUCAGAGGCAGCCAGGGAGAUUCCAUUUUGAGGCGUCUCACAAAGAAAUCCCACCACAGGAUAUCUGUUGCCGAAUUGGUAACAAGGGUACAGUGGAUGAAAUUUCCUUCUAUGCUAAUCGUCUCACAAAUCUAGUUAUAGCCAUGGCCCGCAAGGAGAUCAAUGAGAGGAUUGAUGGGACUGAUAACAGAUGUGUCCAUCAGUCAUUGUACCUCGGGGAAGAUCCCCCUUCCCCCAAGAGCCUGAGCGCAGUUGCCUCAGAGUUGGUACACAAAACCGUCACCGAAUGUUCCAAGGACAUUGCUUAUGAUAAGACUCCUGGCUCUGGUGACAGGGACAAUUCCCAGAGAUCCCCUGGUUUGAGAUACAAGAGAACCUUCAAGAUGGAGAACACCAAGGAUGGCAGGUGUCCCUAUUACAAGCCUACUCCUAAGUCUUUUUUCUUUAAGGAAGAAUUUGAAUCUCGGAAUGCAGGUGACGCCCGAGAAAACGGAAGGACAUUUGUACUCGGGGAGAGAAGGUUUCUGAGAGGACUAGGAAGGCCUGAUGACUUUUCAGCUUCUGUUAGUCAAGGGAUUAUGACCUAUGCCAACAACGUGGUCUCAGACAUGAUGGUCUCUAUCAUGAAGUCAUUGAAUAUCCAAGUAAAGGACACCACCAUAGCCACUUGUCUACUCAAGAAGGUGCUGUUAAAACAUGCCAGAGAUGUUGUCUCUGAUCUCAUCGACUCCUUCAUGAAAAAUCUCCACAAUGCCACAGGCACUCUGAUGACAGAUACAGAUUUUGUCUCUGCUGUGAAAAGGAGCUUCUUCUGUCAUGGAAGCCAGAAAGCCUCAGACAUCAUGGAUGCCAUGAUGAUGAAGUUGUACACCAUGGUAUUCUGCAAGAAACAACCCAACACUGUUAUGAAAGACAUAUCUGAGGCCUAUUCUCUUUUCUCCAUGAAUCAUAGAGACCCCAAGCAUCGAAAUCUAAACUAUAGUUCCAUGAAAUCAGAAGGUAAAUAUAAGGGGAAAAUGAGCAUGUCUCCAUGCAAAUCUCCGGAGAAGAGUUGUAUUGAAACGUUGGGUGAGCACGUAAUCAAAGAAGGGUUGUCGUUGUGGUAUAAGAACCGUGAAAAAGAAACCUCUUCAUGCUUCCAGCCUGCAAACAAGGGAACUCCUAAGAAGCAGUGUAAGCCUGAACCUGAAAUACCCUUUGGCUUUCCACUGGAACCUUGCAACCUCAGCUGUCCUAUGCCUUGUCCUCCUGUGCCUUGCCCAGAGAAUAACUUUAUGUGUGAUUCUGACUCCUGGGCCAUGGACCUGAUUGUGACUGCCUUACUUUUGAUUCAGCACCACCUAGCACAGGGAGGAAGCAUGGAUGCCCAGAGCUUCCUUGAAGCUGCUAAUGCCACCAACCUUCCCCAGAAGAAGCCUCCUCUAUUUCCUGGUGAGACUUGCUUGAAGUCUCCCGUGAAAAGAGGUGACCAAAAAGAAGUGACUGCAGAGAGGAAAGAUCUGAUGAGUGUUUUCUUCAACUUUAUCCAGAAUCUCCUUAACGAGACCAUUUUCAAGGGGGAGCAAACCCCUGAAAAGACAGCUGAAUCGCCAGUGAAUGAAGAUGAGUUACGCAGGUGUGAAAGACCAAUGACCCCUUGUCCCAUUCGCUCAUGUGAGUCAAAUGAGAGUGGUGGCAGUGGUUUGCUGUCUGGAUUAACCAAGAUGGUUGCCAGCAAGUUAGAAGGCCACUUAAAUGGGCAGAUGAUAGAGUAUUUGACAGAUUCAGUGAUGAAGCUGUGUCUCAUUAUUGCCAAGUCCUGUGACUCUCCCUUAGGAGACCUGGGAGAUAAUUGUGGGGAUGCCAACUUGCCCUCUUCGACCAUCCCAGAGUGUGUGUUAGAGUGUUUGCCCGUCAAGGGCACAGGGACCGCAGAGGCUCUCUUGCAGAACACCUACCAGGCUAUUCAUAAUGAAUUGCGAUGUGCAUCCGUACGACCUCCCACAGGCUGUGAAGCACCCAAAGUCAUUGUCAGCAAUCACAAUGACAUGGACACGAUUCAGAACAAACAACUCCAAGCUGUCCUGCAAUGGGUGGCUGCUUCUGAGCUCAAUGUCCCUAUCUUGUAUUUUGCUGGCGAUGAUGAAGGCAUCCAGGAAAAGCUCCUUCAGCUCUCGGCAGCUGCAGUGGAAAGGGGACGCAGCGUGGGUGAGGUGCUCCAGUGCGUGCUUCGCUAUGAGAAGGAAAGGCAACUGAACGAGGCAGUAGGAAAUGUCACUAAGUUGCAGCUGCUGGACUGGCUGAUGGAGAACCUGUGA